AUGAACAUGAGUUCCCAAACUGUGGCCAGGAUUCCAGUGGUAUAUUUCUCGAAAGUGGACUGCCUGAAGCCGGGGACAAGCUCUUGGCUCUCAGCACGCAAAGACGUUUGUCGGGCGCUCGAAGAGUUCGGAUGUUUCAUGGCAAUCCUACCCAGCAAAGUUCCUCCGGAACUUCACAAAACCAUCUUUAAUGCAUUUGACGAGUUGUUUAAUUUCCCCGUCGAUACUCCUGACAACCCUUUACGUGCUGGCUACCUAACUUCCCGUUCUGGGCAGAAGACCUUUGGAAUUAUUAAUGGCACAAACCCUCAAGAAACUCAGGAAUUCACACAUCUUUUUUGGCCAAAUGGAAACGACCAACUUCGUGAGACUGCUGACUUGUAUGCAAAAGUGAUGGCAGAGAUAGAUGAAGCUGUGACAAGAAUGGUAUUUGAAAACUAUGGUGUAGAAAAGUACCAUGACGAUCACUUCCGAUCGACUUUUUACUAUCUCCGGCUUAUAAAAUACAAAGAACCCAAGAAACUUGGAGUUGAUGUGGGUUUACGCAGUCAUACGGACAAGAACUUUUCCUCCAUACUCCAUCAAAAUCAUGUCCAUGGUCUGGAGAUCAAUACAAAGAAUGAUGAGUGGGUAGUGUUUGAUCCUCUACCUUCAUCCGUGAUAUUCAUGGCUAAGGAUAUUUGCAUGCUUUGAUUGGCCUAGGUUUGGAGCAACGAUCGAGUUCGACCGUGUAGACAUAGAGUGACAUUGAAGGAAAAUGAGGUGAGAUACUCGUUC